AAGAGUCAACUGUGGAAAGUGCAGAGAGUUCAGUUGUUGAGAAGAUUUAAUGUGUGAAGAUGUGCCCCACAUCACUGCGCUGGUUGGUGCUUAUAAGCGUAAUAGGAUGCGUUGAACUGAUCACAGUCAAGACUCCGCACAAACACGUCAAUGUUACAGUGGGUGGAAGCGUCCUACUCCCAUGUACAUUCGUGACUACCGUGGAGACCACCACAGGCCUUACCAUUCAGUGGGACUUUGAGUCAACGUCCUCCAGUGCGCCGCAGCAGGUGUAUUACUACCAAUCAGGAGAUGAGGUCAUUUCAAAGCCUUAUAAGGACAGGCUGCAGCCUACCUCUUCUCCCGGUACUACCAAAAAUGCCUCAAUAAUAAUAAGCAACAUGCAGCCAUCGGAUGGUGGGGUCUACACUUGUCAGGUUCACAACAUUCCUGAUGUGGACGGACAGUCUGAGGCCGAUAUCAUUGUGACUGUUCUUGAGAGGCCCUCUGUUCCUUACUGCUCCGUCCACGGUGACGUGGAAUUGGGUCACCUGGUUACUCUGACCUGCCACAGUGAGCAUGGGAGCCCGAAGCCGACGUACACCUGGACCAGACUGGAUCAGGCUAAGACCAGGAGGCCUGUACUGGGAAGAGUAACCCCAACUGGAGUACUGAAAAUUGGAAACAUAUCCCAGUUUCAGUUUGGGGAGUACCAGUGCAAUGCUACAAAUGCAGUGGGAUCUGCAUCUUGCAUUGUGGAACUGAGUGCUGAAGUGAGCGAUGGAGUGAUCGCUGGUGCAGUGAUCGGCGCGUUGCUCGGGUGUGUACUGAUCCUCCUGGUUGUGUGGUUCAUCGCUCACACUGUGAAGAAACACAAAUACAAAGAGGUCAAAGUAUCAGAGGCCAACGAGAUGAAGAGGAGCUCUCCUCAGGCCCAGGAAGCCUCAGAGAGUGUUCCCGUGGCAACCACAGCUGGCAGCCUCCAUGCUGAGGCAGAAGAGCAACAAGCCUAAAAAAAAAAAAAAAGGGGCGGCUGAAAACAACUGGAGCAACGUCACUCCUCUGAACAAUAGGAUGUUCAGUCUUCACUAUAUGUCACUCUCAGAUUUAAUCAAUAUGGCAGAGCUCAUGUUCAGGUUCUGCAUUUUGUUACUUGUUUUCUAAAUCAGAGUUUUUAUGCUUACCAUCAAUCCAGCCUUUAACAGCUUUUUUUCAUGUGUCAGUUUUUUAACAUAAAAUUAGCUUGAAUGUUUGCAGUGCUUUUGUUUUUUGAAACCAUGUUGAUGAGCCCAGGAUUGGAUAUACAAGCUACAUAAUAUUAAAACAAAUACUUGAAUUUAUUGUUUGAAAUAGGACAAAAAAAAAAAAACAGGUUGUUGCGGGUAGAAUCUGCAUCAUGCAUCAGUACAAUCACCUUUAUUAAGAUAAUAUUGUGUAAAAUAAAAUAUCUUAAAGGAGCUCUAUACAACAUUCAGAGCAUUUCUAUGAUACAGGUCAGGAUUGUUUGCUCAUGGUUCUCAACAUGGAGGUGGCUGAUCCGGUGGCUGGUAGCUAACAGUGGUAACAAUGGCAACAGUGGUGACAGUGCUAACUCUGCAGUUACACCUCCAAAACACU